UUAAUUUACAGUUAGUCGCUUAAUUUGUGUCGAAUCAUUCAGUUUAUAUUUUUGUCUUCGAAUUACAGAAUCAUUUUUCAAGUGAACAGUACUAUAGUCUCAAAUUAAUAAUAUGAUUUAUAAAAAAAAUGUUGAAAUUAUACUUCUAGUAUAUUAUUAUAUUUGGUUUUCGGCAAUAUUUAUUCCGAACGUUUGGAGUGAAACUACAUCUCAUUCCAACAACAGCACGAUUCAUAAAGAUUAUGACGUUACUACAAUUUACAGAAUGGUGAAUGUGUUUACCAGACCCUCGCAAAUUGGAUUCAACGACUCUGGUUUUUGUAAGAUGCAUUCAAAAUAUAGCUAUUCAAUUGAAAUACAUUCAAGAACAAAUGCCAUCGGAUUACCAAUUACUGCAGAAGUAAAGUCUCCACAAAAGACAUUGUCGAAUCAGUCAAUUGUAUUAAUUAAUAAAUCAGUGUUCUUCAAAUUUGGAAUAUCUCCGAACAAUAGUCGUAUAAAGGUUGAUUAUGUACCUAAAUCUUGGAAAUUAAAAUAUAUUCCAUUAACUGGUGUAAAUGGAACGUCAAUAGAUGGCUGUAGUAGUAAUGAACACUACUUUUACGAAGAUAAAUAUCAAUGUGUCAAUGUUUCUGAAUACAGAUAUGAAAUUGACACUAUACCUGUGCAUAGAACUAAUGAUUUUAAUACAAUAUUUUCGGUACUUUGGACGGCCAAUCACGACCGAGCGGGUAUAUCAAUCACAUACAUACACACACCGUCGUCCAAAAUGGAAAUAUUCUUGAAUAUAGCCCAUGCAAAUAGUACAUUAAUAAGUUUCACCAAACUAUUGAAAUUUGAUGAUGUUAAGACGGUAAUAUUUAAUGAUAUUCGUUUCACGAAAAAUCAAGAAUAUAUGUUAUCGCUAAAAAUGAAAAUGAAUAGUGAUUAUUACUACCGAGGACGCUAUAAUUAUGGGUAUAGUGGAUUUUGGUUUGGACUCAUACGGAUUGCUGAAUCUUCAAAUUAUGAUGAAGAAGAUGUUCGAAUUGUAAAUGAUUUUGAAGGCGAAACAAAAUCAUUCAACAUUCUUGGAAACUAUAAAACAUAUAAUGUAAUCAAAAGUAACCAGACAUCGGAAUGUUUAAAUGGCGGAUACAGUGUACCACCAAUGAAUAAUUGUAUUUGCCCUCCUGGAUUUAUUGGAAAUCUAUGUGAAACAGCAUGUGGACCGAAUUCGUACGGAUCCGAUUGUAAAGGCGUUUGUUCUAUGCACUCAGCAGAAAUGUGUCGUGGUAUGUACAUGUGUACGAAAUUUGGAUGUACUUGUCCGCCGGGUUUGACGGGCCUGUUGUGUAAUAAAGACUGCGAAGCAGGUACAUUUGGCGCUAAUUGCAAUCAAAAUUGUUCGCCGAAUUGUUACAACGGAAAGUGUGAUCGAUACACGGGCGUCUGUUCACACGGGUGUUUACCACGAUAUGUACUUCCCCGUUGUUUACAAAAAUAUCCUUACCUCAUAAAUCCACCUAAACUGGUAUCAAGCGAAUACGAGUCAAUAGAAGUACAAUGUGAUUUCCAAUCUUCUAAUGUAAUGGGAGAAGAUAAAAGUAUUAAGUUGAAAUAUUAUCAAAUAGUUUAUAAGACUUUAAAAGAAGAGCCAUUUAUUAGCACUGGUAUCAAACCUAUUAUUGAAAAUAGUAAUGAAACCAAUGAAACUUUAAGUGAUUUAAAUCCGGAUACUGUAUAUUUAAUUGGCAUUCUGUUUAUAACAGAUGAUGGUAAUUUUAAUGAUCAAGAUAUAGUAUACGGCGAAUUUAAGACGUCGUGCAUACCACCAAACAUUGAUGAUUUUAAUAUAACACUUAAAAGUGGAAUACAAAGCAUCAACGUGUCAUGGAACAAAAUAAAUACUACUAUUAACCGAUUAGAAUGCAAUGUUAUUGAAUAUUUAUUGAUGUUGUCCUACAAUCAAUCACAGAACCAAAUAUCUGGUGUACAGAAAAUAAUAUCAUAUUCAAUUAGUGGUCACUUUAUCUACGACCUUAUACCUGGUUAUCAGUAUAACAUACAAUUAAUUCUAAAUACAACUCAAGGGAAAUUAUUUCCAUCGCCUAUUUAUUCAGCCACUCCACUUUCAGGAAUUGAAUUCAAAGUGAAAGAUAUUUUCACAGUCAGUGAAAAUGGAAAGAUCAAAGUAUCCUGGAAAUUAGGAUACAUGUAUGAACGUUAUAAUGUUACGGUAAAAUCUGUGGUAAAUGAACCAGUCACGUGCACUUUAAAAUACAAAAUUAACAGAAUUCUCAGCUGUUCUUUGAAGGAAUUGGAAAACGGUUGGACGUCGGUUAUAAUUUCUAAUCAAACUAACUACGAAAUAUUAGACGUUGUGCCUAAUUCACAAUACUUAAUACAAGUUCUGACCGGCGACAACAGUCAAACGAUAUACACAUUAACGCCGACGUCAAAGCCGACAAUAGCCCCGGUCAUUGAUCUCGAGAACCCACUAUACAUAACAAAUAGUUCCGUAUUUGUUCAAUGGAAAUUUGAUUUUAGUAACUGCUCUAAACUGAAUGGUUUUUUUUCUAAAUACUUCGUGGAAUUAAAGGAGAAGAAUAAUAACAAAUUACAAGUGAAAGAAACGAAACGAAAUAAUAUUUUGUUUGAAAACCUCAAACCGAACACUACGUAUGAAUUAAAAGCAUUUAUAAAAACACACAUGGGGUAUAGUCCUGAAUAUUUUCUAUUCACCAAUUUCACGACUAGAUUUGGGAUUUUAGGAGAAGUGAAAGAUUUAACGGUGUACAAAAAAAAUAUAAAGAAUAAAGUAGUUGGACUUCGUUGGCAUUAUCCAGAUGAUUCAAAUUUAGAUGGAUUUAUAAUUUCAUUUGAAUCAUUUGAUGAUGGCUCUUAUAUCACACACGAAAAAAAUGUUACUAUUGUUUCACCAAGGAAGUGCUCAGCUUGGCCAGAAUAUUUCUGUCAUACAUUUUAUGAUUUGAGUCCUAGUAAAAAUUCUACGUUUAAAGUUCAGGCUAAGUCACUAGAUUAUCCAGAAGGUGGUUUAUCUUCGUCUAUAACUUUCACCAACAUUGAUGGGUUACCUGAUCCUCCAAGUAACGUACAAAUUAUCGAUAUUGGAAAAACAACUAUUACUCUUCAGUGGGAUAUUCCAUGGAUAUUCAACGGUGUAUUGAAAAUGUUUGUAAUUAAUAUAGAAGAAAUAUCAAAAGUGGAUAUAAGCCAGUGUUGUGUUAACAUUCAGCCUAUAGAAAUCCCAUUCGAGGAAGAAGUGCCUUCUUAUAACUAUACGCUAACGGGGCUUCAACCAGGCUCAACAUAUUCACUUGGUGUGUUAUCCGUAUCAAAAUCAUUGUGGCAUAGUUCUCCAGCAAAAACUAAUGAUGUUAAGACACUUUUAGAUGCAUAAAUGAAUAACACCACAUGUAUUGUUAAUCUAUGUUGAAUUAUUUCAAAAUACUAUACUUAUUCUAUACACUUAUAAAACAUAAAUAAUUUAUAAAUAAUAUAUAAAAUAUAUUAC